CUCAAAAGAAAGAAAAAGAAUAAGAAAAAAGAGACUGUUAGUCUAUCUUCAAGAGCUGCCGAUCCAAUACAGCAAUAAACCAAACACUACUGGUCUCUGGUCUCUAGUUUUUUUUUGUUUUUUUUUUUAGCAACUAGUCUCUAGUCUCUACUACUACUAGAGUGGGACACGCUAGAGGGGCCGAUAACAGUUACAGUUACGAGACAAUCAACAACAAUGAAGUGCAGCAGGAGGGCUGUUCUUCAAGCUUUACUACUACAUAGUACUCGCAGCCGCAGGUCGUUUUCCUCUUCAUCUUUGUCUUCUGUACAAACUCUUUCUUUCUUAUUAGCCUCUUCCCCUUCCCACACACACCACUCCCUCCAAAACCCUCUUCUUUCUCGCUUCCUUUCCUUUUCUCUCAAACCCAACUCCUCCCUUUCUUCUUCUUCUAUUACUCACCGAUUUUUAAGCAUCACCACUACUACCUCCUCCUCUUCCUCUGAAGAAGAAGAAGAAGAAGAAGACCCUUUUCAAUGUGAAACAAAUGAAGACGGAGAAUCCACAGAUGGAUGGGAAGAGGAGGCUGAGACCGAGCCUGAGAUUGGUGAUGGAGGUGAUGGUGGGGGAAUUGUGUUGCAAGGUGUCCCAUGGGGUGAGCAGGUUCUCUCCAUUGCCAAUGAUGUCUUGUUGCAAUUUAGCAAUGACAUGAAACUCUAUGCUUUCAAGACGACUCCUCGGGGAUAUAUUUACGUGAGACUGGAUAACCUGUCAAAUGAAUAUGGUUGUCCUGGCAUGGAGGAGCUUGAAAAUUACAGUCAAGAAUUCAAAAAAAGAUUGGAUGAAGAGGGAGAACUUGGAAAAAUACCUAAUAAUUUGGCUCUUGAGGUAUCAUCUCCAGGGGCAGAGAGGAUCCUUAUGGUACCAGAUGAUUUACAUCGGUUUAAAGACAAGCCUAUGAGAGUAUGCUACAUAGAAGACGUUGAGUCUAAAUGCCCAGAAAAGGAUGGAAUCUAUAUGCUGGAUUCCAUAGAAACGGAAUCAGAGAGUUGUCUGUGGAAGUUGGCAGAUGUAAAGGAAAACAGGGACCCUCAAAGCAAAGGUAGACCUUUAAGCCGUAAACAGAGGGAUUGGAGACUAAAAUUGCCCUUUGGUAUGCAUAAAAGGGUAUUUUUGUACCUUGAAUACUGAAAUUUUACUGAUUACAUUACAUUGUAUUGAAGAGUGUAGGGUACCCCCAACAAAAAAGGAACACAAGAUGAUAAAGUCAUUUCUUGUUUUAGUUGAAACGAUUGAGUCAAAUGCAGUUUUUAUGUGGCAUUCCUGAUUUCUUGCUCCAGUUUGUUUGUAUCCCAACUGGAUUUUUGUAGUUAAGCCUUUGGUUGGCACCAUUUGAAGAACAAUCUUGAUUAAAGAGAGAUCUAUGAAACUCAAGAAACCUCUUCUUUUUUUC